AUGAACCGUCCAGCCCCUGUGGAGAUCUCCUAUGAGAACAUGCGUUUUCUGAUAACUCACAAUCCUACCAAUGCAACUCUCAACAUGUUCACAGAAGAUUGGCCAUUUGAUGAUGGAGCUCAACCCCCUAAUCAGAUAGUAGAUGAUUGGCUGAACCUGUUAAAAACCAAAUUCUGUGAAGAGCCAGGUUGCUGUGUUGCAGUGCCUUGUGUUGCAGGAUUGGGAAGGACACCUGUGCUGGUUGCACUUGCUUUGAUUGAAUAUGGAAUGAAGUGUGAAGAUGCAAUUCAGUUUAUAAGACAAAAAAGAAGGGGAGCAUUAAAUUCCAAACAGUUGCUUUACUUGGAGAAAUAUAGACCUAAAUUGUGA